AUGUCUGCCUCCGAGGAUCUUAUUGAUUUUGAUAUUAUUGAAAGCCAAAAGGAGAAUAUCCAAUCUUUACCCGGAGGACGAUCAGCGCGCACCCUCGCAAACUUGUUUUCUCCAUCUCCUCUUCACAAAUUAUCAACACCAACACCCUCGGACACACAGAACCUCAACGAUGCGAUCAGGCAGGAAUAUGAGACCGAGCUGCUUAAUAUUGCCGAAUCAGAUGAUCCUCUAGAUAUCUAUGAUCGUUAUGUGCGAUGGACACUCGAUGCAUAUCCCUCUGCGCAAGCAACACCAGCAUCACAGCUGCUUCCUCUCCUAGAGCGCGCGACCAAGACUUUUCUCAACUCACCACAAUACAAGAAUGACCCUAGAUAUUUGAAGCUUUGGUUAUCCUAUAUUCGUUUCUUCUCAGACACUCCACGCGAGACAUUCGCCUUCCUAGCUCGUCAUAACAUCGGUGAAAGUUUGGCGCUGUUUUACGAAGAGUUCGCGGCAUGGCUUGAAGGCGCAGGAAGAUGGACGCAGGCAGAAGAGGUCUACAAGUUAGGCAUUGACAGAGAAGCGCGGCCAACACCACGACUCCUUAGAAAAUAUAACGAGUUCCAGGUCCGAUUCUCGCAACAGCCCGAGAACCUGAAUGAGCCAUCAUCUCCGGCCUUACCCACGGUGCGCCCUGCGUUGGCUGCGAAAAUUGACCCCUUUGCUGCUGCAGCUCCACGAGAUCCUCAAGCGCCAAGGCCCAACUCUGGCAUUGGAGGAUCAUCGACAACAAAGAGUGGGCGCCAAAAGAUCGCCGUUUUCUCGGACAACGAUGCUGCUGCUCCAGCCUUGGCGCCAGGGGAUGCAACGAAAGGAUGGCAGAGUAUUGGUUCUCUAGCAGAUCGCAAGAAAGAGAAUAUAGUAGAGCCAAAGCCAUGGGUGGGAGAGACCCUGAAGGCAGGAGGGAAGAAGAGCAGUACCAAAAUUGCGGUAUUCAAGGACGAGGCAAGUUCAACUUUUCAUUCCACUCCUCGUCAUACAAAUAUUGAUGAUCACAGGACUAAUGAUUGGCGAUUUUGGCGCUUUGUAAUUCAGUCUUUACCUCAAACCAUGUGCCAACAAAUUCCUCCACCUGCUAUGCAACGAGUGACGGUGAAUCCGAAGAAUGGGAGGAGUGAGCAUGUUUUCGUUAAUCUUGAAGCUUUAUACCCAAACCCCAACAUACCGGGGACCGAAUUAUGUUUUGAAGAGUUGAUAGCCGCUCAUCGCGGGUGGCUUCAUAAAGUGUGGAAGCCGGAGACCGCCCGGCAAUCGAAUGACUCUGCAGAAAUGGAGGAUAGAACAGAAGAUUCUCAUAUCAGCAAUGAUACAAUCAGCCGAGGAGUCUCGGAAAAGCUUACUAUAGCUCGUGAUCCUGUUAUGAUGGAUGAAAAUGGAGCGGUUAAAGAGCCCAGCCGUGAAGGGAAAAUCAGGAGGAUGAAGAUUAAAGAAGUCAAUGAGACACAAAUUAUCAAGGCAAAGCUCUCAUCACCGUCUGGUCCUAAAAUGACAAAACGGAAGGCUGCCAAGGAACCCACCAUGACUCUUCAUACUCGGGCUGCUACUGAUGAAAUCUACGAUAUCUUCAGUCAGCCCUUGAAAUCGGCAAAUGACGAGGAAGACGAUGACGAGACUGACGAUGACGAUGGGGACAUGACAGAUGGAGACUACACCAGCGGAGGUGAAAGUACUGGAACGGGUCGAUUGGUCACCACCAGUGAAGCAGGAGACGACGAUGAAACUUCAGAUGUGAAAAGUGUCAGUGAAUGGUCUGAUUUCACUGCCAGAAAGCAUAUCCCAAACCUUGAUGACGAUGAAGACGACAACGACACACGAGCCUCCAAGUUUAGUGAGGCAGAUGAAGACCUCGAGGCCAUCGAAAUUGAAAUCCCCCAAUCUUUAGAAGCACCUGAACCGGCAGUUGUCACCCCUGUCUCCCCAGAGCUUCCGCCAAAUCCUCGGACGAUGUUUGUUCCCAUUCCCCCUGAAGAUUACGAACCCCCAAUUCAUCCAUAUCGGGACCCAUCCCAAGUCCCACAACACCGUCUCCCGUUUAUGACACCAAUUGCCGAAAAGACAGAAUCAUCAAUAGGCCUUGCAACGGCAAGGGAGGAGAAGGACUACUUUGAUUCGAGGACACCCAGCAAGUCCAAUGGGUCAACUAUGCCGCCUGUGAGGCCCAUAGACGGAAUUGGCAGUAGCCCUUUCAGGGAAAUCGUUAAUGAGGCUAUGCCGGAGAAGAUUGCGCAACCUCUUUUGGGCAAGAGUCUGAAGUCUACUAAGACAACCGCAGCGGCAGUAAAACCCCAAGCUGCUGGUGCGCCACCAACGAAAGAAACGGUCCCCAAAGGGCCCAUUGUUAAAGAUGCUCAAUGCAACCCGGUAGAUGACUACACUCGAAACCUCAUUUUUGAGGGUCUACAGCCACCUUUGCGUACGUACGAAGGGUACUUCGAGCAUCAAGACGAGUCACACGGUCGCGCUGCUGAAAUCAAGAAGUUUUCUAAGGCGAUGGCCAAAGUGAACAAGAAUCCCAGUGAUAAGACGGCAACCAACAUCGCCAUGCCACCGGUCUUGCGCUUUCCUGGAACAGACAGACAAUACUUGCUCAAGCGUGAACUUGGAGCUGGGGCGUUUGCCCCGGUAUACCUCAUUGAGAACGUCGCUGUUGAAGAUGGGCCUGAGUCAGAUGAUGCACCUAAAGCCGUUAUGGGCAAAGGAGCAUUCGACAGCGCAGCUCGAAGACCCCUUGAAGCAUUAAAAAUGGAAGAUCCUCCCUCAGCAUGGGAGUUUUACAUCAUGCGUCAGGCAAAACGACGUCUCGGUGUCUCCCGAGCCGCAGAAAGCAUUGUCAGCGCCUACGAAAUGCACAUUUACGCAGACGAAUGCUAUCUCAUCGAGGAGUACCGCGACCAAGGUACACUUCUAGAUCUCAUAAAUAUUGCACGUGCAGACGCCACGACAACAGGAGGAGUCAUGGACGAAACACUCUGCAUGUUCUUCUCUAUCGAGCUGUUCCGUACUAUUGAAGCCUUACAUUCAAAGGGCAUCUUGCAUGGGGAUUUAAAAGCGGAUAACUGUCUAGUUCGCCUCGACCAACUGUCUGAUUCCGACGUAUGGUCAGCUAAGUACAGGAAAGAUGGCACGGGAGGCUGGAACAAGAAGGGCAUUGCACUUAUCGACUUCGGGCGAGGCAUCGACAUGAAAGUCUUCCGUCCCGACGUGCAGUUCAUCGCAGACUGGAAGACCGGGCCCCAGGACUGCGCUGAGAUGCGCGAACUUCGUCCUUGGACCUAUCAGAUCGAUUACCACGGCCUGGCCGGGAUUAUCCACUCUAUGCUCUUUGGCAAAUAUAUUGACACGGUAGCGGAUAAAGGCACGGGCAUCGGCGCCGGAGCGCAGAAGCGGUGGAGGAUCAAGGAGGGUCUAAAAAGGUAUUGGCAGACCGAGAUCUGGAGUGCCGUCUUUGAUCUGCUCCUGAACCCUGGGAUGCACGUCGAGAGUGAAGAGGGGAGUCGAUUACCCGUACUCAGGGGAAUGAAGAGUAUUCGGGAACAGAUGGAGACAUGGCUAGAGAGUAAUUCGGAGAGGGGCGUGGGCUUGCAGGCGUUGGUCAGGAAAUUGGAAUGGGCUAUAAAAGAGAAGAGAAGGUGA